AUGGCCGAGGAAAUCGAGAAUCUAAUCUUAGCGCAAGAGUACAAAAUUGGUGCUCUCAAACGCGUGCUCAUCAACUACAAGAAACUCCCGAAGGCGAGCGUGACGGUGCCGACGAUCCAGAGCCGCAUCUCCCAGCUGAAGGAGCUCUGGGCCGCCUGUAGCAACCAACAUGUCCUGCUGUUGCAGACCGCUACGUCCGGGGAGCUAAAGAGCCUGCCCUAUUUCGUGGACAACGUAAUCCUAGAAGCCGAGAACGUCUAUGCCAACACCAGCGACAUUCUACAAAACGCGCUAAUCACGACGAGUCUGUUUCGCGCGAGUCGAGUUCUCAGAUCUCGCGAUUGCCACGUAUCGUUGCCAAAAUUUACUGGUAAAAUCGCGGAAUGGGAGAGUUUUCGAAAUAUGUUCGAGUCUCUCGUGGCCUGUAACGCUUCGCUUUCUAAAGUGCAGAAAUUUCAUUACUUAAAAACAAGCGUUACCGGUGAAGCCGCGGUGUUGAUCCAUAACUUGAAAAUUUCGGAAGCUAAUUACGACUCUGCGUGGCAACUGCUGAUCGACGAAUACGACGACCAGCAAACCUUAGUUCAUACGCAUUUGCACGCGUUUGCUAGUCUACCUGUGAUGAAAACGGAGAAUGUGAACGACUUGCGAAAACUCCGCGAUACGGUCUCUUCGUCGUUAGCCGCGCUAAAGAAUCUCGAUCGUCCGGUAAAUGAGUGGGACGAUCUUCUCGUUUAUCUUAUUGCUCAGAAGUUUAGUCCUCGCACUCGCAGCGAAUGGAAUUUGAAACGCACGGAAUUCGCCAAGCUUCCGUCUUACAAAGAUAUUAAUGACUUUCUGACUCUACGCAUUCGCAGAUUAUCCGAUCAUUCCGAUUCGUCGAAAGAUACUCGUCGUUACAGAGACGAUAAACCGCGCUCGUCGGUUAAUAACGUCACUGCAAACAAAUGCGUUGGUUGCUCCGGAAAUCACUCGGUCUUGAAAUGUAAAGAGUUUCUUGAUAAAACGGUUGAGCAGCGCGGCGAUUUCGCGCGUCAAAGCAGGCUUUGCCUCAAUUGUCUGAGAUCCGGACAUUUCCUUCAGCAAUGCCCGAGCAAAUCUCGAUGUUCGCACUGUAGUCGUUCACAUCACUCGUUACUACAUUUCUCAAAUAAUGUAAAAGCCGAUGCUACGGCAACUUCUUCGAAGAUAAGAGCGGAAGCGCAACCGUUCACUCCGACAGCGUCCAACGCGCCAGUCGCUGCGAGCAGCAAUCAUGUCACGAACACACGGACCGGUCUCCCCGCGGACACGGUUCCUUCGAAUGUCCUUUUGGCAAUCGCAUGGGUUGACGUUCACACGACCGAAGGCCGAAGCUUUAAAGUUCGCGCCUUACUGGAUCAAGGAUCCACUUUCAGUUUUAUUUCGCAAUCGCUCUGUCAGACGUUGCGUACAAAGCGACAACGCUCAAAUUUGCAAGUUACGUGUUUCGGCGAGAAAUUUACAGGCGUCGCGAGAUCUCGCGUCGUACUGACAUUAAAGCCGUGUUCCAGUGCGGAACCGGGCUUCCCGCUGCACGCCUACGUGUUUCAAAAUAUUACUUCUCAUCGGAUUCACCUACUAAUCGGUGCUGACUUGUACGGUUCCUUGUUGAAAGAUGGCCUCCGGCAAGGCCCUAUUGGAACGCCUACCGCUCAAUUGACAGCGUUAGGCUGGAUUCUCUCCGGCCCCACGGGUCGCGGCCGGAUUGAAUCCGCGAAUAUUUGCGUCUGUCAUAACGUGUCUACGCACGACACGAAUUCGCUUCUCAGGCAAUUUUGGGAGGACGAGGAGGUCUCAAGCCCCCCUCCACUUACCGACGAGGAGGAGCGUUGCGAACAACACUUCCUCGCCACUCAUAGCCGUUCUCCAGAAGGACGGUACAUUGUUCGAUUGCCCUUCAGGCACGAACUACCUAUCGACAUAGGCGAUUCACUGCCUAUCGCCACAGUAUUCUACGAGAAAAUUGAAAGGAAGCUGCGUCGGCACGCCGAACUCUCCGCGCAGUAUAAUGACUUUUUGGCGGAAUAUCUCGCCUUGGGACAUAUGAGCGCGAUCGAAAGUUCCAGCGACACCGCUCUUACGCCCGUGUACAUUCCGCAUCAUUCGGUUUUUACGCGAAACGAGUAG